CUUAAAAUAAGAAACAAACAAAAGCAUAAAAAUGUCACAAGUUGGCAAAGUUCGACGUUCUUCAUUAUCGAGCAAGGAUAGCAUGGAAGAGAUUCUUGUUAAUCAAUAUCGUGAAGCAAUUGGGAAAAAGCAGCGAAAUAGAAAAUCUAAAGAAUCAGAAAAGAGAUUAUUAAAAAAUCCCUACCUUCAAAGUGUUGCACCAGAUGAUAAAUCAUGGAUAGUGCAGAGCCAAAAGCGACCUAUGACAGCAAAACCAAGAACUUGCCCUCGAAGACGUUUUAAUAGCCUCGAUGUUGCGAUACCAUUAGGUGACAGUAAAGAGAUAGAGGGUGAUGAACAUUCCUCUUCAUUUGCGAGCGAUAGUGAAUCAGAUUCGGAGAACUCUGACAACAAAGAAAACAAGUCGAAAAAAUCUCAAGAGGUGAAAAUUUCUUUAAGAAAACAAAGACCUGCUUCUGCACAAGUUCUACCAAGUCGAUUCAAUGAAGCCACAGAUCCUAAUGAGGUCGUGACUCCAAGCCACGAUCUUUCGAAGCCACUGUUUAAGCGCCAACCUUAUACUAUUACAUGCAACUGUUACAAAAAUGGUCAAUGUGAAAAUUCAGUUCGAGUUGCUGCCCCUUCCAUCAAACAGCUUCUGGAAGUCUCAACUCAGAAACUGAGUUUAAACAUGGCAGCACGACGAGUUUUUCUCGUUGAUGGUCGGGAAGUAUUUAGACCGAGGGAUAUUCCUAAAGAUGCAGAUGUCUUCAUUUCAAAAGGAGAGCCUUUUCGCGAUCCAUUCAAAGCAAUUAAAAACUCCCGUAGCCUCCACUCAGCCUCUACAUGUUCAAUGAAAGGGGGAGGUUUGCCCUACAGAAGGAAAGUGAAACCCCCAGGUUCGAAACGUUUGCACGAGCUUGUAGGUAAACACACACAGAGGGUCAUUAUUUUCAGAAAUGGAAACGGGAGUGAGAGUCACGAGGUUGUGAUGGAUCCUCAGGAUGGUUCAUCCAGGUUUUUAGACGACUGCACACAGAGGUUACAACUGACAUCGGCAGCUCGGGUUUUAUAUGAGUGGAGUGGGGAGAGUUUAAGUUGCUUUCAACAAAUUGAGCAAAUUGAGUCCAGACUGACAUCAAGCUCAUCCGCUGUGUUUGGUCCAUUAUGGGUUUCCAAAGGUGAAGGUUUCAACCCAGUGGGUUCGCAUUUGUACAUGGAAAGUGCAGUAACUAAACUUAGAGGCCAACUUCAAGAUGCAAGGAAAUGCAAAAAUGAGCUGAAGCAUGCAUUGCAAAGAGAUUAUGAUAAAGUUACAAAACCAGAAAUUUUAGAUUUACCUGAUGAAAAUAUUGAAGCUACUUUGGAUCUGGUCAUGGCGGACAUUGAUGAAUUUCGUAAUUUAAUUCGAAAAUACAAGAGAAGGUUGGAAGCGAUUAAAGAAAUGGUGAUGAAUCAGUCAUCAGAAGGACAUAAUUACACCAUGAAACAUAUCAAAGAAAUUGAAUCCAAUGACAGAUUAGUUGGGGAACAUGGCUUACGGAUUGAAAUUUUUGACAAUGGGAAUGAUGUAUCAGGCCAGGGGAUUUAUCUUAAUAUGCGGGAUGUGCAGCGAGGUGCGAAGGGAGAUAGAGAUCUUAUAAAAGCAAGAUUUCUGGAAGCAGUAACUUCAUGGCAUAAACCAAUUGAUCCAAGUGGUCCUGCAAGAAGUUCAGUAAUUAGACGAUUAUUCAAUGAAAGUGGGCAGGAAAUUAUGGAUGUUUUGGCAGUAAAAAAUGAUGACAAAGUAUGGGUAUCAUAUGGAGAGGAUUUAAAACCUUGUUCUGUGCCAGCACUUACUGUACAGCUUGAACGAACAUCUGCAGUUGCUGUGGUAAAUGAUGAUGGUGGGAAUGAGAAUAAAGUUUAUCGUGAAACAUUUGAUCCAACAAUAGAUUUGAUUGAUGGAUCGGACAGGUUCAACGAAUGGGAAUUAAGCGAGGGUUAUCCAAUGUUUCAUGAUUUUCCAUUACUCAGCACUUUUCAUGAGAGUCAGCAAGAUAAUAUACAGAAAUCAAUACAAAGCAGCAAGUUUUCUGUACACGACCCCUUUCUACAACACAAAAAACAAACGGACAUCGUAUUAAGGCCCAAGGUUACUGUAGAACAAAAACAACCAAAAAAGAUGUUGUGGCCACGUGAGGGUCAGACAUGGAUAGUCAACCAGCAUGGUCAGAUCUACACUCGAGCUUUUCCAAGUCUUGCUCUCACUCUAGACACAUCCCAACAAAUUGUUACCCAUUAUAAAGAUGGCACCUUAUGUGAUGGAUAUGCCGUCACAUUGCAAAAAAAAUACAAAGGAAACAGCGAACAGAACUGGGGUUUUAGUCCAGAAGGAAAUAUCUUUCCUUUACACAGUGGAAAGCCUGAUCAACAAGUGCUCACUUACAUUGAUGAAAGUUUUGUUUCAAAGGUUGAAGACCGAGCGUCAUACGAAUUACGACUGGCGCAGAAUAAUGAAAAUAACCCCAAUGAAUUGUCAGUACAUGCUCUAGAACCUGUACAAAGAGGUCCAGUUGAUAUGACUUCAUCUGGGCUCGAUUACACAGUGGUUGUGCUUGAACGAUUUGAAGGUCAAAGUUCAAAGGUGAGAAGUCAGAGAUGGGCAAUCAAACAAGAGAGCUUAGCGAUUCCAAACCAAUGGAAGCAUACCAAGGUGGUAAAUCCUGUUUGGAAAAAGCUGGCUUACUCGUGGCCAGUGUUGCCAAAUGGAAACUGGAACACUGAUUAUGAUUGGCCACUUGAGGGGAGUAUAUUAUCAAAUGCACCCCCUCUACAUAACAAGAAAGAAACUAAAUCAACAACAGAAGGUUCCAAACCACUGAAAGUGUACAGGAAUGGAGAAAAGGAUUCGAAAAGGUUUGUGAUGGUUGUUGCUCCUGAAAUGAGUAAAAUCGAGAAAGAGAAAAGCAAAACCAACAAAAACUCAAAGAGAAAACCACAGAAAAGUCCAACUAAGGAUUCGCAGCAGAUUGAGAAACUGGAACUAACAUUAUUCCUAGAGCGUUGUACUUCACUGCUUUCUCUACCAUUUGCUGCAAGGAGGUUAUUUGACAGCAAUGGACACGAAAUUGCUUCACUUCGUGGUUUAAAACGACAACAAGCCGUUUACGUUUCUGUUGGAGAUGCCUGGGCAGACCCCAUGGUGAGCAAGAAUGAACACCAACGUCGCCAUCUUCUGGCCAAGUUAUCACACGAUAUUUCUAUGAUUGCAGCUUUCUGCUCUCUUCGGAAUCCAGAAGUCUACUGGGAUGAGGAAACAUUUGAUUUUGUUGUUGAGAUGGAAAGAGGAGCAACCGCAGGAUCGAGGUUGAUCCUCGGGAAAUGCUCUUUAUCACGAGAGAAAAGGCAAGAGAUCUCAAAAAAAAGCAUAGACACGCAUAUUGACUUGCAGAAAAUGGAAAAUGAAAGUUCUUCUGACCGUUCUGAAAACAGCAAAGAUGGACUGAGUGCUCAUGAGGUCAGUCAUAGAAGAAUGGAGCACACAUUUCAAUCAAAAAAGUAUCCAUGGCAACAACAACAAACUGAUAGCAGUGAUGACCAAACAAAGGAAAAACCUAAAAAAGCAAAAAAACCAAAGAAAAAAGCACCAAAUAUGGUUGAUUCAAACCAACAACUGGUGUUUAAGGAUGGUUUUAUCAGUCCAGCAAGUGCCACAGGAUUGGCAUUGGGGGUGACGGGGUUGGAUCUUGACAAUGUACCCGGGAAUGUUGAAGUGGUUUUGUGCAAAAAGUCAAAUGAUGACCCAGUUCAACGUUGGGAGUUGGUUGAUGGAUUCAUUCGCUUGUCGUGCAGUCACAGGUUGGUCCUGGGUGUUGUAAUGCCUCCAUAUAAACCUGGAACAGAUGAUCCCAUUUCCUACCAUGGAUGUGCUAUCUCUGUGCAGCAUUUAAAACACAGUGAGUUUGGUCGAGCUCACCAACAGUGGUUGUGGGAUCCUGUUUUUAAUUUUCUUGAACCAUUUCGGUCAAAUUCAACGGACAAGGAAAUCACUGCAGCAAAUCAGGUGUCCAUCUGUACAUAUGCUGUUGUUGGUCAAGCAGUUAUCAACCAAGAAGGUUAUAUCAUUGAUAAACUGACCGAGUCACCAAGCAACCCUGUUAUGGUCUGCUGUUCAUGCGCGAAGGUUAUUAGAGGUCAAUAUCAACUUACCAAGGCACCAGAGCAGUGGUCAUUCAGUUGUGCAAUGGGAAAUGCAAGAAAAAAUGGAUUAAAGCAGCGUGGAAGUUUCUCGUGUUUGAACGGAAAAGUUGAUUUGUCGACAUACGAGGCUGAGACAACUCUCAAACACUGGGUGUCGCAACUGAGCAAGUUGCGUCAGGAGACGAGUCUGCGAUUACUCAACCGUGAAAUACAAUCUGCCACAACCAGUCAAGCGUGUCGGUUAUUGGUCAUGCGGAACGGAGAGGGUCGGUUAAAACCGGGAGAGCUGAUUGUGGGAACAACAGUUACAGGGAUAUUGGAACAAUGCACACAGCGGUUGUCACUUGGUACAGCAGCUCGUAGAUUGUACACAAGUGAUGGAAUGCAUGUUCUACAUAUUGAACAACUUAUUGAGUGGGCUGUCAAAAAUUUUCAAAAAUAUCAGCAGCAGCAGCAAAUGAGGGAAAUCCCCCGGGAAAAAUCCCUUGAAGGUGAAGAACCUGAGGGAAAUCCCGUAUCUCCAGAUGAUGGUAUUAACUCAAAUGAAGGAACACCGGACCAUCUCGCUGCAGAAGCCGAUGUAAAGAUGACAACAUCAGAUCUUACUAAGAAGUUACGACCAGAAAGUGCCAAGCGUCGACAUAAUUCAAAGUCAUCAGAACAACUCCAACCUGAAAUGCAAGAAGUUCCAAUUUCAACAAUUCUUCGAUAUCCGAUUGAGGUUUGGGUUUCUUGUGGUGAGAAUUUCAUUCCUUCCUCUAAAGCUGAGAAAACUUUAUUGGAAAAUUUAAAGCAACAAAAAAAUCGUAACUCUGGAAAUUUUGUGCUUGAUACAGAAAAGCACGUGUUGCGACAUAUGCAAGGUAGGAGAUACAAAGAGAUGAGUCCUGCUGAACUUAAAGCAACUAAAAGUCCCCAGCAACCAAUACUACUUGAUGGUGGUUGGAUGGAAACUACAAAAGCUGAGACAACAAGGUUGGAGAGAGUUCAUCGACUUGAAGAAAAAAUAUCCGAAUCUCGACCUCUGCCCCUUCGUCCUAAGUCUCGUGGAAUCGACCUUAACAAGGAUCUUUACAAACAGCCUAACAGAAAACGGGUGAUGGUUUACAUGAAUGGCAACCCACCAAGCAAGUCAGUUUUUGUGUGGGGUGAAACCCUUACCGAGAUACUGGCAGAUGCUACAGAAAGGUUUGUACUUCCAAGACCAGCACGCCUACUUUACAAUGAGGAGGGGAAGAAAGUAACAACGUUUGAUGAAGUGGAGCGCGAUUCGCUUCUCUGUAUCACAAUGGGGGAUUCCCUCAGAGGAAGACCAAAACACAGCAAUAUUGAGAUGAAAGCAAACUGGGCGAGAGUACGUAAGCAACGUGGACCGCAUGCUACCAACAUUAAAGUCACAAAGACACAAUAUGAUCCCAAGUUUACAGAUGUUGAUCCGUUUGGUCCUCCUGCUCUUGCAACCAUCAACGCUCCUGCUAGUCUUGCUUGGGAGAUCAAUACCGAUCAGGAAAACUAACAUUUGUUGUUUUUUGAUUUUUAUUUUUGUAGCUGCUAAAGAAGCAUUUUGUGUUUGAAAUCAUGAAUAAUUGCUGUGGGUUUAUGAAGUACGUUAAUUUAAUUUUAAAAGGGAAAUUCUGACGCUAACUAUCUAGCUAAAGUUUUAAAAGCAACCUUUUUAAACAAUGUGUCUAUAUUCAGUUUCAUACCUUGUUGUUAAAAAUAUGUAACUUUAUCUUAAUAAUGGAAAUUGCAAUGGUCUAAGAUUAUAUGUCAAUAAUAAAUUUUAUGCACAAGGUUUCUCAAAUUCUGACUAUUAUAUCAUACAGUUGGCAAUUUUACCACCAUAUUUUUGACGUGUAUCUAUUGUGCAUUAUAUCCAUACAGUUGUAACAAUAUUAUUUAAACACUGUGACUACUUUUACAUCACCUCUUCAUCAAUAUAUUCCCCAUUAUAAUCACAAAUUUUGCUAAUUUGUAUUACCUGUAUCCUAUAUCAUGUUUUUUUUUGUAGCAACUUCAGCAUUGUGAUUUUUAUACAUAGGGUUUUUUGUAGUAUUUUUGAAAAUAAAUAUAAUUAAAAAAUGAUCCUGUUGCCAAAAUUAUUACAAUAAAACUUAUGCCUACAAAUCAUUUUACUGUUCCGUUUAAUAAUGUUUUAUUCCAAUAUAUUUAUGGUUAAGGUAUUUAAAGCUUGAAUAGUUAAAAAGUAAUCACUGUGUCAUGCCACUGAUAAUGUAUCAAUUAAGCAAGGUGAUAUUCAAAAGAUUAUACACCUAAUUUUAAAUAUCGGGAGGCCGUAUAGUAUAUUACUGGUACCAGUUGUGUAAUGGGUUGUCCAAAUUAUAAGCCAUAUCAAAAACAAAAAUCAUACACAAAGAAAACUCAGAAGAACCUGAGGAUAAAAAAUGGUGAAAAUAAUUGCGUCUGAGUGCGAUGAGGUGUCAAGGCACCUGUCGCACAAAAGCCUUAAAUGGGCUUUCCUGGUGUUGGGGGUAAUGGGCCAAAUCUGGCCUUAAUCCCAGGUCCUUGACAAGGAAGGACCUCACCCAUAAAGAA